UUGCAAUAAAAGUCGAAGGAAACGAUAAGAAAGUCCAUUAAAAAUAAUAAAAUGAUUGUUCCGGGGGAAGUUUUUCUUCUUUUUCACAAUUACGAGUAAGCAUUGAGGCUUACUUUGAGGGAGAAUUGUAUUAAUUUGUGGCUUUAAAUUAUUUUAGCUGUCUCAAAUAUUAAGCAAUUGUUUUCCGUUUUAUAGGCGAUUUAAAUUAAUUUACAGUCAGUUUUAUUCUGUGUUUAGCGUUUACAUUAAAAUUCUGUUCAGAGAAGGCAAGAAAUAAGAUAAAUCUGUCCCACUUCCAUGCUUUUAACAUUUAAAUCAAAAUAGAUUUUUCUGACACAAGGGUUCAUUUCUAAAACUUAGUCUUCUAUCAUGAGAUAAAUGCUUAACUAUAAACUCUGUUUGGUAAGUGUUGUUGUUUUAAGUUACAAACACAUUUUAUUUUGCACCAAAUAAAAGAAUAACUUCAGAAAUCAUUUAUUCACAUUAUUUGCUUUAUUAUUUCAUUGAAUUUCUCGAAAAUCCAUUGCAUGUGCUAAGUUAAUCAUUGCAUAUGAGAACUAAAUUGCAUUUUUGAUUUAUGGGUUUAUUGAUUAAGAUUUUACUUCACCGGACAAGUAAUAUUGACGGUUUUUAUCCUUUCAUCUUUCUUUUCGUAUUUUCUCAAUUGAUAUAUUAAAAAACUACCAGGGACCACCGGGAUUGGAUGGAAUGAAAGGUGCCCAAGGCGAAACAGGAAUGAAAGGGGAAAGAGGCGAUCCAGGCUUACCAGGUACUGAUGGGAUACCAGGACAAGAAGGACCUCGAGGUGAAAAGGGUGGCAAAGGCGAAGCAGGCCCAUCUGGAAAACGUGGUCGAAAAGGUGACCGAGGCGAAAAAGGUGAACAAGGAGUUCCAGGAUUAGAUGCACCAUGUCCAUUAGGUUCUGAUGGUUUACCGCUCCCUGGUUGCGGUUGGAGACCACCAAAAGAACCUGUUAUUCACACACCACCGCACAAAGACUAUUUGCCUGAUAUAACUCAAACAGAGAAUGAGAGUGAUUAUCGAGAGGAAGAUGAAGGUCCCGGUGGGCCGGAAGAUUACGAAGACGAUUAUCAUGAAAAUGGAAUGCAAGACAGGAAAAAAUAAACAUCACAAUGAAAGUUAUUUUGGUACAAUGGAAGAAGAUUUUAAGAAUAAUUCUGAGCUAUAUUUUUGUCGCUGACAAAAAAUGAAUUGAAUUUAUGAAGUAGAUUUUUUAUUACUUUUUCUAAAUAUAACAAGAGAAGAGAAAUUUUAUUACCCGAAUUCGCAUUAAAUUUAAAAGCGUUCUAUUCAUACUUUCUCAUGUUUUCUCUUUAUACAUUCAAAUGGCUUGU